AUUUGUCCUGAAUUUUUCUGACAUUAAACUCUGUACACACACGCUUUCUCCUUCACCGUCCAUCAUCCUCUCAUUUUUAUUUCUCCGAUUAUUUGUAAAUUUUUUAAUUUAAUUUAACCGGAGAUGGCGUCAACGUCGGCUGAGAUCGAGCAAUUGACUUCCGGCGCGAGCAAUCGGAUCAUCCCCAUACUGAAAACGCUUCGCAAGUGCGUCAUCUUCGUCCUCUCCCUCUUCCUUUCUCUCCUCCUCCUUCUCCGUCCCCGCCGCCGCGUUUUGCCUCUUCCGUCGCCGGAGGAGGAGGCGAAUCCCGCUGCUCCUUCGAGGCGAUGGAGAAGGAAGAUGGCGUGGAAGCUGGAGGAGGAAGACACGGCUAGGCGCCGUUCGUUGGCGGAAGGCGUUGAGAUCGGCGAAAUCGAUUCUCGUUGGAGUAGUUUCUUGUUCUAUGGACGACGUGGUAACGCUCUGUUCUCUCGGUCGUGGUUGCCUCUUUCCGGCGAGCUUAGGGGGAUUUUGAUUAUUAUCCAUGGAUUGAAUGAACACAGUGGGAGAUAUUCUCAAUUCGCUAAGCAGCUAAACACGAGUAACUUUGGUGUAUACGCUAUGGAUUGGAUUGGUCACGGUGGGAGUGAUGGUUUACAUGGAUACGUUCCUUCUCUUGAUUACGUUGUUUCCGACACUGAAGCUUUCUUGGAGAAGAUUAGGUCUGAGAAUCCGGGCGUGCCGUGUUUCCUCUUUGGUCACUCUACUGGUGGAGCUGUGGUCUUGAAGGCGGCUUCAUCUCCCUCUAUUGAAGAUAUGUUAGCUGGUAUUGUCCUAACAUCGCCUGCACUUCGUGUCAAACCUGCUCAUCCUAUUGUCGGGGCGAUAGCUCCAAUCUUCUCGUUGGUUGCUCCAAGGUUCCAAUUCAAAGGAGCAAACAAGAGAGGCAUUCCGGUUUCAAGAGACCCUGAAGCUCUCUUAGCCAAGUACUCUGACCCGUUAGUCUACACCGGUCCAAUAAGAGUCCGAACUGGCCAUGAGAUUCUCCGCAUAACAGCUUACUUGACCCGCAACUUCAAAUCCAUUACAGUGCCCUUCUUUGUUCUCCACGGCACAGAGGACAAAGUAACUGAUCCACUGGCGUCACAAGACUUGUAUAACCAGGCACCAUCAGUGUUUAAAGACAUCAAACUCUAUGAAGGUUUCUUACACGACCUUCUCUUUGAACCUGAGCGUGAGGAAGUUGGUCGCGAUAUCAUAGGUUGGAUGAUGAAGCGGCUCGAUGAUGUUAAUGGAUCAGCCGCUGGCCUUUGGUGAAAGAUCAGAGGAAAACAUCAGAUAUGUCUUCUUGUUGUUUAGAUAGUUGUGAUACAAAUGGUGUGAUUGUAAAAUCAGAACCAAAGUGUAGGAGAUACAUAUAUUAUCUAUGAAUUGUUUCAUUUUGUUUGUUUGCUUA